GUUUCUGGGACACCGCGAGAAAGGUUCCGCUCUGUACACAGGAGAAAUUGAAGGGAAAUAAAAAACCAAGGAAGUGGCCAGAUGGGGAAUUUGAGUCUGUCACAAGGAUAAGGUGCUCCGAAGAUUGGCAGGAGAGGAUGCUGCUCUUUGCCAGGGCAAGAAACAAUGGGACGCGGAGAGCCCCAGUGACCCAAGACCAGGCCAGUUGCUGGGUACUCAGAAGACGAGAAAAAAUAAUAUGUGCAUCAUCUGCACCGCUGACUUUGCAAAAUAGCUGAGGGAUAAAGAAACACUACAUUUCAGGAACUCAACCAAACUACUCUGACUUACCUUGUGGCUUAAAGAUGAAUUUCCUGUCAACUUUUGUGACAUUUCAGAACCUCCAUGAGGUUCGAAGAUUGUGCCACUGGGGUCCAAUCAUAGCCCUGUCUGUCAUUGCUAUAUGCUCCACCAUGGCAAUUCUGGACUCCAUUAUUUGGUACUGGCCGCUAGACACUACAGGAGGAAGCAUCAACUUCAUUAUGCUCCUCAACUGGACUGUCCUCAUCCUCUACAACUACUUCAAUGCUAUGUUUGUGGGACCUGGAUACAUUCCUCUUGGCUGGAAACCAGAGGCUCAACAGGAUACCCAGUACCUACAGUACUGCAGAGUUUGCCAAGGGUACAAGGCCCCCAGGUCCCACCAUUGUCGCAAGUGUAACAGGUGCGUGAUGAAAAUGGACCACCAUUGCCCCUGGAUCAACAACUGCUGCGGCCACCUGAACCACGCCUACUUCACCAGCUUCCUGCUGCUGGCUCCUAUGGGCUGCUCGCACGCUGCCAUCAUCUUCAUUAUGACCAUGUACACACAGCUAUAUGAGAGGAUAUCAUUUGGUUGGAGCACAGUGAAGAUUGAUAUGAGCGCUGUGCGUCAAUUCCAGCCCCUCAUGCCGUUCAGUGUGCCCGCCUUUGCUGCCACACUCUUUGCCUUAGGCUUGGCACUGGGCACCACUAUUGCCGUUGGCAUGCUUUUCUUUAUACAGAUGAAAGUCAUCCUUCGAAAUAAGACCUCGAUCGAGUCCUGGAUCGAGGAAAAGGCCAAAGACAGAAUACAGCACUACCAAACAGGGGAGGAGUUCACCUUCCCUUACGACCUCGGCACCCGCUGGCUGAACUUCAAGCAAGUCUUCACUUGGUCAGGGACGCCCAAGGGUGUUGGCACUGAAUGGCCAGUCCAUCCCAAGUGUCACCAGCACACCUUAACUAUUGAGCAACUGAAGCAGAAAGCGGAUAAACGAGUGAGAAGUCAGGUCCAGUACCAGGCAGUGGAGGACUAUAACGGAGCGUGCUGCCCUCUGAGCAAAGGUCUCCAAACCUUUUUCAGAACCCCCUGCACAGAGGAGCCCAGGAUCCCCCUCAACAAGGGGGACACCAUCCUGGCCACUCGUGGCACCAAAUGGUGGAUGUAUGGAGACAAAGUUUUGAAUGAGGAGCAUAUGAGAGGGGGAGAACGUGUAAGGGGAUGGUUUCCGAGGCGAUGUGUGGAGAAGUGCCAUUAUGACACAGCUGCCAGCGAUAGCACCAGCGAUAAGAAAGCAAACUAAUAUACUUGGCUUUAUGUAGAGCAGGGGAGUUAAACUGAACAAAAAGUGUUUGUCCGUGUUCAUAAACGUACAUCCACUGACGAUGUCAUGCCUGAAGCUGUAGGCUCAUCAUCAAGAAUUUCAUACUAACUUGAAUUUUUUAAAGACAACAUAGUUCACCAAGGCUUACUGAACACCUUUCUGCUGAUUAAUGUCUUGAAGAGGACGACAGAGUUCAUGAGAGGGACUGGUCCCAUGGCUUCAGUUUGACUCCUCUGACCAAAAGUGAAACCCAGCAACAGUCUUAAUUUCCAAGAAUUGCCACCAGGCUUUAAUGUGACUUCAUUGUGAUUACAUGACUUUUUACUUGAAUCUGUCGUUUUUACUUGUGUUGUGGUCUGUUUUUGCUAAUUAUGCAACGCCUCUGCCCAGCUAACCCCGGGAUUCUUCAUGCAACUCUUUCUACAGUAUGGAGAUAACACUUAAUUUCUCUUUAUUAUUUUUGUAAAAAUGGUUCGCCUCAAACUAUGAAUUGAAAAUUAAAAUAAUCUUC